AUCUUUUUCAUUUCAAAUUUCAUUUCUUUCGAUCUUUAACCAAAAUCUCUAACAAAUUCAUCCAUGGCGAUUAUCUCCGAUUUUCAAGACGAAGACCAAACAAACAAACCAACUUCUUCUUCCCAACCUAAACCCUCUAAGCCUAUUCCUUUUGCUUCCACCUUCGAUUCAUCAAAUCCGAACGCGUUUCUUGAAAAGGUGUUCGACUUCGUCGCUAAGGAAAGUGAUUUUCUCGAUAAGGAUUUUUCUGAGAAGGAGGUGGUGUCCGCUUUUCGCGCUGCGAAGGUAAAGAAAGCUAAGAUUGUUGCUGCUGAGAAGGCGAAGGUUGUUGCCGAAGCGAAGGCGAAGGCUGAAAAGAAAUUGAAGGAGGAGAAGGCGGUGAAUGCGGCGGCGAAGAAAGAUAAGGAGGUAGAAUCGAAGGAAGAUGAGAAGAAGGAUGGUGAAAGUGGCUUAGCUGCUCCAAACAAGGGUAAUGGUAUGGAUCUGGAGAAAUAUUCCUGGACUCAAACUCUGCAAGAGCUUAAUGUGAAUGUUCCGGUCCCAACUGGAACAAAAUCAAGGUUUGUUAUCUGUGAGAUAAAGAAGAACCAUCUUAAAGUUGGAAUCAAAGGCCAGCCACCAAUUAUUGAUGGGGAGCUAUAUCGAUCUAUCAAGCCUGAUGAAUGUUAUUGGAGCAUAGAGGAUCAGAGUACACUUUCUAUUCUCUUGACCAAGCAUGAUCAAAUGGAGUGGUGGAAAUCUCUGGUAAAGGGUGAUCCUGAAAUUAACACCCAAAAAGUUGAACCUGAGAACAGCAAACUUGCUGACCUCGAUCCAGAGACUCGACAGACUGUUGAAAAAAUGAUGUUUGAUCAGAGGCAGAAGUCUAUGGGCCUUCCUACAAGUGAGGAGCUCCAGAAACAGGAACUGAUGAAGAAAUUUAUGAGCCAGCAUCCUGAGAUGGACUUCUCGAGGGCGAAAUUAUCUUAGAGUGGUGCUAUGAUUUUGGUGUAGUCUUUUUGAUUGAGUGCACACUAAAGUUAUCUUCAAUGUUUGUGCUGAAAAUAUUACCUCUCUUUUAAAAUAGCUUUUAAUUGAAGAUGAUUUUUAGAGUACAUGUUUAGACCUAGUUUUCCGGUCCAACCUUCCAUAACUUUUGGGAUGUUACCUCUCUAAAUUGGGUUUUCUUGAAAAACAUGUUUGGUAAAAUCACAUUGGCUUAGUAUUUAAAUUUAAUUUAGAGUUUCAUAUCA